UUGGUUAUUUUUGCAUUUCUUAAAUUAACUAGACAUUAUUAUAUGAAGGUUUUGUAAACUUGUUUUUAAGUUUUCUUAGGUUUUGGAAUUCUUGCUAACGGCUUCCUUAACUUAAGUAUCUAUUUACCAAAAAUACCAAACCUACCCUUCUUCUAGGCAAAGAAAUUAUAUUUUACCAUAUCAAAUGUAGCAUCGGUUUAAAACUGUGGCUCAGUACAAUCAGAGUACGAGGUGUCCUUGUAUCUACAUUUAAUUGACGCCACUAAAUCCGCUUUGAACAUCUUUGUUUUGUGGUGAAUAACAUAAUGACUCUCUUCGGUCUGUGUACAGCACCAUCCGUAUAAUUAGAUUGCGGUGAAAUAAUGUCAUUACACAAAGACAUUGUGCUGCUGCUGUCACUGUUGAUGACCUCAUACAACAGGAAUAUCUUGUCAUCUCUUUGUUGACUGUUUCGUUAGAGACGCCUUUAAAGACCCAACGUAUAUUUAAACGAUACUUUUCACUUAACACUACAAGGUGAUCAGAGUUAUUUAUUUAUUUAUUAUGAUUAAAACGAUCUUCACAAUUUUACCGUUUUUCUUUAGCUGUUUUGGCAUUUUCUGUAAAUUAGGUUUGAAUUAGAUGUAAUAUAUUGUUUUAUUUAUUUUUCCCCGAUCACUUCCGCCACCUACUAAGGCCCGCCCUCCUGCGCUUGAGAGCGCAAUGCAGUGGGCGGGACCUGAUGAUACGUAACAUACAUGUACACGUGUAAAAACACGUGAAGACCGCUUGUUGCUGCAGCUGCGGGGACGGAAUGUACAUUUUCGUGUUUAUGCUAUACACUGAGGCUAAUGACAGCUCGGGAAUAUUGUUUUGACAUUUCAAGCAGUAAACGCAGAUUAUUUUAACUCAAAACGAGGUUUUCAAUGAUUAAAGACAUGAUGAGACAACGUCGCUGUUGCUGUUUAAUCGUAAGGACCUAGUAUCAUCGAUCAUGCAAUUUUGGUACUCUGUUGACUAGAGGAGCUUGAUGAUAACAUUUUACGAUACAAAUAAUAAUAAUUUUAUGCUUUUGUUUUGUGUCUUUCCUGUUUUCCCCUUCUCUCUGGAACUGGGUAAACAAACGCGAGCUAACGUUGUUGCAAUGUAACCUUCACCAUUGGUCGCCUCUUGGAAGUUACGCCCCCCUCCAUUCUAUUCAUUAAUAUUCAUUAGAGCUGUCGUAAUUAGCCAAUCGCGUGAAGGCGGAGGUGACAUACUUUGCUUGAGCCCCCUGUCUGUGACCGCUUUUGUAAUUUCCCCAAAGAAUUUGGUCAAAGUAGCAAAUUGGCUCCACGUUUGAGGUGACUUGUCUGCGUGGAUUGUUCUCGAAGGUGGUUGUGACGGUGGCCAAACCAGCGUAGAAUAUUUUAAACGGGAAAUUUCGGUAAACGUCGAAAACCAAGGUAAAAAUGUCGGGGGAGCCGGUUGUUUUCAAGCUGGAAUCGACCUCCGCAGCCCCGAGCUCUUUCCCGGUGGUUCUGAAAAAAAUAAUGGAAAUGCCUCCGCCAAAUAUUCUGGACGAUGACGACACGGAGAAGGAAAAGCUGGGUCUUGGAGAUAAUGCUCAGCUGUUGGGGGGAGUUAAUGGUAUGGGUCCAUCAGCCGCCUUGACUCCAGCCAUCUGGGACAAGACCAUUCCUUACGAUGGCGAGACCUUCCACUUGGAAUACAUGGACCUGGAGGAGUUCCUUAUAGAAAAUGGCAUCCCGGCUGGGUCUGACGAGUUGUCCACCAAAGUCACCAAGCCAGUGAGUGCAUCCCCGGUUGGUCUACUGUCUAUCCAGGAGUUGGACGGGUGUGAGACAGAGGUGAUCAUCAAGAAAGAAUUGGAGAUCAUCUGUGAAGUGACUACAGACGUGAAUACAGACUCAAACCCGGCGACUCCUGAGCCCGUUGACCCUGAAGAGAUUAAGGUCAGUGUCAGCUACGAGCCAGACCCCACAGACCUGGUCCUGUCGAGCGUGCCAGGGGGCGAGCUGUUUGACCCACGCAAACACAAGUUCACAGAAGAUGAGCUGAAGCCGCAGCCAAUGAUCAAAAAGGCCAAAAAAGUGUUUGUGCCUGAAGAGCAGAAGGAUGAGAAGUACUGGCAGAGGAGGAAAAAGAACAAUGUGGCUGCAAAACGCUCCCGUGACGCACGCAGGCUAAAGGAAAACCAGAUCACUGUCCGAGCAGCUUUCCUGGAGCGGGAGAACGUGGCACUGCGGGUGGAAGUGGCCGAGCUGCGAAAGGAGUGCAGCCGCUUCAAGAACGUUGUCGGCCAUUAUGAAGCCAAAUUUGGAUCACUAUAAGGACAAAAAAUCACAACAAACCAAACAUACAAACAAAUGUGUUUAUAUGCAGUUGUAUAGUAAACAGCAUUAGUCACUUUGUUUUUUGGAAGUCAGGUUAGAGACAUUGUUAGGUUCUGGUUGUUAAGCAUGUCAGCAGAUGUUGGAAAGAUGUCAUGUUUCUGUCUGGACAGUUGUAGUAGAAGAGAGAGGAAGUGACCACACUAGGGCUUUAACUAAAAACGUUGGUGUCAUCUGACUGUCAUUGACCUUUUCUAGCAGCCCGACACAGAAACCUCUUUUCCGACCAGCUGACUGAGAGGAAACUCGGUUAUUAGGACAUAAUCGUGGCGAGACGUGUGUCUUGGUCAGACGGGGAAUUAGACACCGGUUUGAAUGCAUUCGCUGCAAAUAUAUAAUGGCAUUAUCCCAAAAUGUAAUGAUUAGAGAGGAGGCGAUGGAGAGUCCAGAGUGACUUCUGUAUAUGUAUGGUUCCAGACAAAUGUGAGAAUAACAAAAAUGACUUGCUGCAUGUCAUGCUCUUCAUUUGUACUGCUAGUGGUGAUAUGAUGCAUAUUUGGAGGUAUUGUUGUUAAUGAGGAAGUGAACUGACAACUAGAACAGAUCCUGUCUGAGCUGUAGUACCAGGUUUUAGUCCCAGUUAAGAAAUAACCUAAGCCGUACACUGUCACGAUAGACAGUAGAACAUUAGCAGGUUCUUCCACACAUUGCUCCUCAGGGUUCUUGAAAUUGGGGUUGUCUUCGUCAGAAAACCAAGGUUCAUGUAUUACCCUUACACACCUUAACACACAUUCAGAAUAUAGAAACACUCUUAGCAAGUAAACAAUCAUCUAUGUACUUCCUGAACACCUUCUAGCUUCUGAACCGACCUUUGUUUGCUGUGAUUUAGUUGAUCAUGUUUCAUUUUUUUAUCCACCUCAUCUGAAUUCAACAACUUUCUUAAGACUUGGUGUAACAUCUUUUAGUUCCACACUUUCUUUGUUUUUUUAUUAUCAUGUAGUGUUUCAACACAGCAGUCAUUUGGUACAUUAUACUACACCACACUGUGUGCCGACCUUCUCUUCCUCCCCCACCUCCCCACCUGUCACUCUUCUCUUCUUUUUCAAGUGCUGUGCCGACAGACAUGUAUCAACACCUGAUUUAUUUUUUUUCCAACAAAUCAUGAAAUCAAAAACCUUUUCUGGGGGAUUGGUUUGUGAGAAAAAUGUAGAAUCAAUGAGAUAAAGAAGAUCAAGAGGAGGAAACACCAAAAUGCGUCAUAUAAUCAGAUUGUUUUUUUCCCAUUGUUUGAGUUAGGGGUGUGAGUGUGUGUGAGGAAAUAUAAAAUGACCAUGUGUCUUUCUUGUAAGUGAACUCCCUGCCUGUUCUGUCUGAUUUGACCAGAGGAGAUCAUCUGUGAUGUUUAUAUUUUAAUCAAUGCAGUUUUGUUUGAGGUAUUUGUUUUUCAUGUUAUUGUAGGAGUUCAUCAGUGGGGUCUGUAUUUUCUUCACCUGAUCCUUUUGGAUUUAGCUCAUUUGUUUAUAAAAAUCCAUUUAUGUCCGAUGGC